UGGCAUAGCCUACGGCCCUGAGGAUGUGCAGUAGCGCAACCCCUGCCUUUUGCGACCAAGGGUCGCCGCCCGCUAGAGCUUGUCAUGGACCAGCCUGACUUUGAUGCGGCAGCAGCUCGGCUGGCAGUGCAGACGCUGCAAGCUCAGCUCACUGCGAACAGAAACGCUGCGAAGGCACUUUACCGGCAACAAAGCAGAAGGCACGAGCGUGCUGGACGUGGUGGCCUUGGACCUGCUGGGCAGAAAACCACCCUUGCCGUGUACCUGUUGUCGGGACACAACAUAGAGUUGGCCACAGUCAUGGCACAACGCCUCUCCUCCUUCAAACAUGCUCAGACGCCGGGAUAUCCAAGUGCUGCCACAGUCGAGAGCCUUUUUUUGGCGGCCCCAAUGAGCGAAAUUUGCCAAGCUCAUGCUUCUGAGACUCCAGCAUGGGUCACAGCCACGCAGCAAGCACAAGCGUUUCUAGCAGAAAACUCUACAGUGCAGUGGGUGGAGACAAUGAAUGUCGGUCACGGUGUGACACCGUCUUCCGUGGAUGUCUUCCUGCAGUGCGAGGGAGCCUUGCUUGGUCAUCAGCCAGAUCUGGGAGCGCCUUCCAAGAGAACUGUGAACAAAUGGGCUGCCAGGUGGCGCCUGCGCUGGGGCGUGCGCCGAAAGACUUUACAGCCAGAAGGCUACAUCGAGCCGGAAGAGCUGCGAACCAAGGUCCGUGCUUUCUGGCACACACUAGCCCACGUUUCGGCCAAGUACAGCCACAAGCAGAUUGUGUUCCUUAAUCUGGACGAAACCUCGGUAGGGUUCAACAUGACUCCGCUUGCUGGCUGUGUUGCAGCAGCGUGCGUGCAGCGCGGCCUGCGGCUGCGUGCGAAAGUGAAGAAGGAGAACUUGCGCGGCGCGAUGUCCUACGUGGCAUUGAUUUGUGACUCAGCCGAGCUGCAAGGCAAGCUGCCACACUACUUGAUUGGAAGCACCGUGAGGCUGACCAAGACAAUCAUGAAGGGCAUUGCUGCACUGCCGGCGACGCAGCUUCGCAUCCUUCGCCGGAAAUCAGCUUGGAACACUUCAGAAGUCAUGGUUGCCAUUAUCAAGGACGUCUCUAAAACGCUGCAGCCUGUGCUUGACGCAGGCAAUGUGCAGCCAGUGCUGCUCUUGGAUUGUGCUCCGGCCCACCUUCCACUGCCUGUGAUGCAGGCAGCAUCAGACUGCGGGAUCCAGCUGCUGUUCAUUCCAUCCUCGUGCACUCACAUUGCCCAACCGCUGGACAUUCGAGCCUUCGCAGGUUUCAAGAUGUAUUUGAAAAAGGUUCAUCGAGAGCUUCGCGCUGCAUCCGCAGAGGGGCUGAUAAGCCCGCUAGCUUGGAUUUGGCAUUUAACGCAGGCGCCUCGGCAGUUCUUCGCAGCUAAGAAGUGGAAGCCGUCUUUCGAGGCUGUGGGCGCUGGAGGGCCAACAGACUUGCACGUUUGCACAAAGACUUAA